UGCGCUGUGCCCGCUGCCUGCCCUGCGGCGCUUCCUGUCUCGGCUAGGCCGGAGCUGCUGAGCGGGGGAAGAUGGCGCUGCUGGUGCGGGACCCGGACGCUUCUCGAGCGCAGCUAGUGCCGCUGCCCCCCGGGGGCGGGUCGGUGCGGGACUGGCUCCGCAUUCGCUGCCGGGCACAGGGCAUUCCUGAGGACAGUUUCUAUGUGAAAUGUAAUGGACGUCUGGUUAAUACUGAAGACUUGCUACAGGAUGGGGUUGUUUAUAGUCUGGAGCCAAGACUUUGUGGUGGAAAAGGAGGUUUUGGAUCUAUGCUCCGAGCACUUGGUGCUCAAAUUGAAAAGACAACGAAUCGAGAGGCUUGCCGAGAUCUUAGUGGAAGGAGACUACGCGACGUUAACCACGAAAAAGCAAUGGCCGAGUGGGUGAAGCAGCAAGCAGAGCGAGAAGCAGAAAAAGAACAAAGACGCCUGGAAAGGCUGCAGCGUAAACUUGCAGAACCAAAGCACUUUUUCACUAAUCCAGACUACCAGCAACAGUGUCACGAGAUGGCUGAGCGGCUAGAGGAUUCAGUCCUUAAAGGAAUGCAGGCCUCUUCCAGUAAGAUGGUGUCUCCAGAAACCAGUGAUUGUCGGAAGCGCCCAAACGAGUCUGAAAAGAGUGGAGCAAAAUUUGGGAAAAGACAAUGUUUUUGUGUUGUUUGUGACAGGAUGGGUGUGGAAGGACUGGCGGAUCCUGAGAGCUCCAGUGAUGGUGAUAGUGAUAGUGAAGCUGAUUCUCCUAGCAUGGCAGAAGGUAGUUGGCAAUCAACUGUCAGCCAUGUUGAAAAGACUGAACUCGCAAGUGAGUGGCCCAGUAGCUCAGAAGAUUCCAUCGGAUGCAGUUCAGCCUCCAAUGCUACUGAGAAAUCGCAGGAACAACCAGAAGAUCUUGGAAAAGAUCUACCAGAGGAGGUGCCUGCAGGUGGUCAGACUGAAACUCCAGCAGCUGAUGAAAAAAAUGAAGCAGCGAAGACCCUGAAGGAUGGGGAGCAAGAAACUGUUUCAGCUACUCAGCAGGAAACAAACCAGUUGCAGAGCACAGAGCCUACACGAAUAGAUUUGCUGGCAUUCAACUCUGCUGCCGAGAUGGAAGAGCUAGGAUUAGAGAAGCUGAAGUUUGAACUGAUGGCUCUGGGUCUGAAAUGUGGAGGCACUUUACAGGAAAGAGCUGCAAGGCUUUUCUCAGUGAGAGGUCUGUCUAAAGACCAGAUAGAUCCGGCCCUGUUUGCAAAGCCCUCUAAAGGGAAAAAGAAAUAAAAUAUAUGCUGUUGUUAAUCUCUGUUUAUAUUUGCACACUUCAGAAAAACAGCUUCUGUUCUGUUGUCACUCUGUAACUUGCCACUUGCACUUGAUGUGUUUAGAUACUGAUUUCCAUUUUUAAUGGUCUUAAUAAAAGCAUCAGUUGUUACCAUAACACACAGAGUAAAUUGCAUAGUAGUAAGUGCUGAGUAUUAGAGUUAAAAAUAUAAACUGCUACAUUAAAUCAUAUAAUUAACAGCACACACAGUGUCCUGGGAGGGUAGGAGAAAGUGAUGCUCAGAAGAGAGUGCGCUUUCCAGAAAUGGAUGUUCAACACGGUCAGUACCCAAUUAAGUAAAAGUCAAACUAACUGAGUUAAUAUAGGAUUACUAAUCUGCUUUAAUCUCCAGUUAGCCCAGCUAUACCCUUCAGAUAGUGAAAAUUUAGUUAAAACAUGAUUCAGCCUUGACAACUGAAGUCUGUCUUGAGGGAAAGGGAAAACUGUUGUAUGGGUGACUUCAGAUAUGGAUAAAUACACUCUUUGUGAAUUGGCUUGGUGGUGCUGUCAAGCGUUAGUAUAACAGGCUAAUACAAGUGAAAACAUUGCUGUUUUGUAUGUGAUGACUUAUUGGUGUAAAUAUGUAUUCUUCAUAUGAAAAGCAGUUUAAUAAAGGAAUCUUUAUAUAUGAA